AUGGUGGAUUAUGGUGGAUUGCUUCUUGUUUGCGACUACAAUUUUCGGAAAGCCAUUUCAUUUGACACAAAACCCAUCUCCUUCUCCCUUUACGAAAGUCGUUUCUUCUUUUCCAGCCCAUCUUCUUCUCCCUCACUCAGCCGAACUCCGAAGGGAAGACCGACGACGAAGAGGAAGCAACGAACAACGGCCAACAGUACACCACCGGAAAAACGAGGAACACCUUCAUCAAACACCCACAUUCAGGUCUAUGACUCAUUUACCAGAGGAGAUCCCAUUAUUGAUUCAUCAGCAUCGAGCCGAUACUAUAUGGCAUCAGUCGGCGAAAGAUCAGCCGAAAUUGAAAUGCCGACGAUCUGAUUCGGGCAUAUGGGACACCGCCUUGGACCAUAGAGUCCUACGUUGCCCAUUCCGUGCGGGGUUCUAUGGGGUGUAUCGGAUUGGACCUAUUCGAUUAGACCACCAUCUCGUUACAACUCUCAUAGAGAGGUGGCGCAUAGAGACGCGCACAUUUCAUUUUCCUGUUGGAGAGUCCACAGUUACAUUAUAAGAUGUGGCUAUUCUAUUUGGCCUACCGGUUGACGGACACGCAAUCACUGGAAAAGACCCAGGAAAUACGUUGGAUGAUUUGAUAGCGCUAUGUGUGGAGUUGUUAGGAGCAGCACCUACACAAGAAGACUUCAUAGGAUCAUCACUUAAGUUGAAAUGGAUAUCAGAGCAUUUCCGUCACCUUCCACAUGAUGCAUCCGAUGAGACGGUUCAUCAUUAUGCUCGAGCCUAUAUUAUGUGGCUUAUUGAGAGGGUGCUCGUCCUCGAUAAGUCACAAAAUAUAUUAAAGAUGAUGUUUUUGCCACUACUUAGAGACUUUGACCGUAUCCAGGAGUACAACUGGGGUGGUGCCACAUUGGCAUGUUUGUACAGGAUGUUGUAUCGGGCAACCAAGGCUGAUACAAAGGAGAUAGCUGGCC